AUAUUGAGUACCGACAUUUUUCUGAAGUAAUAGGCAUUGACUAAUCAACACAUAACUAAUAGAUUUCCAUGUUUAAGAACUAGGUUUUUAAGUUUUUGUUUUCCAUUAAAAACGGUUGAGAAAAAGUUUUUCGAUGGUUCCAGAGGAUUAGGUUUGAUAUUUUAGCUUUUGUGAUAAUAAAGAAUAUAUUCCGAAACGGAGAUGAGCAACACUACUAAUUCUGCAAAUAAUUGCCAAAAUGAUUUUAUAUUUCGUAACCCGUGUUCAUAUAAUACACCUAUAGCUGAACAGGAAGAUGUAGACGACCGGGACGAUGAUAUGACCUUUUGCAUGUCAAAUUAUGCCAAAGAAGUUUUAAAGAUGAUGUUUAUGAUGCGAUCGCACAAUAUGCUUACAGAUGUCAUACUAGAAGUAAAACAUGAACUAUUUCCCGCCCACAAAGUAGUUUUGUCAGCAGCAUCUCCUUAUUUUAAAGCUAUGUUUACGGGAGGCUUAAAAGAAUCUGAAAUGUCACGAGUUCAGCUGCAAGGAGUUUGCCCCACAGCAAUGGGUCGUAUAAUAUAUUUCAUGUAUACAGGCCAUAUACGUGUUACAGAAGUGACGGUCUGCCAAUUACUACCUGCUGCAACUAUGUUCCAAGUGCCAAACGUUAUUAAUGCUUGCUGCGCGUUUUUAGAGAGGCAAUUGGAUCCAACGAAUGCUAUCGGAAUAGCGAACUUUGCUGAACAGCAUGGCUGCUCAGAACUGCAAAGAAAAGCCAACCAUUUCAUUGAAAGACAUUUUACACAGGUGUGCCAGGAAGAGGAGUUUCUCCAACUGAAUGCUUGUCAAUUAAUUGCUUUAAUACGUCGCGAUGAGUUAAAUGUUCAAGAAGAGCGCGAAGUAUAUAAUGCCGUACUUAAAUGGGUUAAGUAUGAUGAAGAUAAUCGUUAUCCAAAAAUGGAACACAUUCUUUGUGCUGUUCGUUGUCAAUUCCUGACACCCAAUUUUCUCAAAGAACAAAUGAGAAACUGUGAUGUGCUACGAAAGGUGCCGGCCUGUCGAGAAUAUUUAGCAAAGAUAUUCAAAGACCUGACUUUACACAAACGGCCGGUAGUGAAAGAACGUACACCAAAUACGACUCGAAUGAUUUUUGUAGCAGGAGGAUUUUUUCGGCAAUCAUUAGACAUACUUGAAGCUUAUAAUGUGGAUGACAAGGCGUGGACAACAUUACCGAAUUUGCGAAUUCCCCGAUCUGGUCUUGGUGCAGCAUUCUUGAAAGGAACUUUCUAUGCUGUGGGAGGACGAAAUAAUUCAAUUGGUUCUUCAUAUGAUUCAGAUUGGGUGGAUCGUUAUAAUGCCGCAACAGAACAAUGGCGCGCAUGCGCUCCAAUGACAGUACCACGCCACAGAGUGGGUGUUGCCGUAAUGGAUGAGUUGAUGUACGCAGUUGGUGGAUCCGCUGGAUCGGAAUAUCACAAUUCAGUUGAAUAUUAUGAGCCAGAUCAAGAUCGAUGGACACUAGUGCAGCCAAUGCAUGAAAAACGCUUAGGUGUAGGUGUGGUUGUUGUGAAUCGUUUAUUAUAUGCUAUUGGAGGAUUUAAUGGAACUGAUCGCCUCACAACUGUAGAAUGCUACCACCCUGAAAAUAAUGAAUGGACCUUUGUGCAGCCAAUGCAAUAUGAGCGGAGUGGUGCUGGUGUCGCUGCCAUAAACCAAUAUAUUUAUGUAGUUGGUGGAUUUGAUGGAACACGCCAACUUGCCACGGUAGAACGAUAUGAUACUGAAAAUCAAAUUUGGGAAUCUGUGGCAUCCGUGCGAAUUGCGCGCAGCGCUUUAUCUCUUACCUCUUUAGAUGGAAAGCUUUAUGCAAUUGGAGGAUUUGAUGGUACGAAUUUUCUGUCGAUCGUUGAGGUAUAUGAUCCUAAAACUAACACAUGGGAGCAAGGUACUCCUCUAAACUCUGGGCGUUCCGGUCAUGCAUCAGCAGUGAUAUAUCAACCAUCUUGCGCUACAAACUUUAUGGAUUGUAUGGACAGUGAAACAACUAAACGUGGUGGGAGUGAUCCAUGUCCUGACGAAUCAUCAAGCAGUAGAAAUAUUAGUCAAAUAGGGCAUAAUGUUGAAGGUUCUACAAGUGGAAACUCUUACAUGCAUUUCCACCCCAGUUUUGGCGGGAGUAGCUGUAGAAAUUGUGAUCGUGAUUUACAAGCAAACAAAGAUAUUAAAAAGAAAGUUUCAAAUUUAUACAACCCAACAUUGCUAGAUACCUUAGAGAACGUAAACCUCUGUAGUGAAAUUAUGCAAUAUCAGGUGAAAACGCCUGCUGCUGAUCUAGUCGGGACUCCAGAAAUUAAGCAGGAGAAUUUUAAAUAUUCUAAAUGUAGUAAACAUGUUCUAAUACGAUAUUUAAAAAAUAUAGCUACCGGACAAUUAUUUUAUCAAUAUUAUCACGAGCUACGAGAAAGGCAUUGCAAGAUACAGGUUUUAGUAUAAUAAUCUUUUGUUUUAAAAUUAUAUAUAUUGUAAUAUUUUAGAUACUUAAAUAUAUGCUCCUAUAUAUUUAUAUAUGUAUGUAUGUGGCUUAGGCAAGAGUGAAAAGUCGUUCAUAGGUCUGCAGCAGCAGAUAAGUGAGAGAAUUGAAACUAUUUGGCAUUGCACUGGUUCGUUAUAUAUUUUUUAAAGCCAUUUUGUUUUUAUGUAAAAUACUAGCUGUACCCGGCGCGCGUUGCUACGCCAACAACUAAAAUAAAUUUAAGAAAAAUAACUUCAAAGAAAAAUCAGUACGCAAAUAUUCAAUUCAUUCUAAACCAUUUUAUUGAUUUUGAUUAUUUCAAAAAAAUCGGUUGAACGGGGCAGAAGUUGCUACUCUGCAGCGCCACCUGGUGGUGAGUGGCAGCAAUGAGCAUAUUCUACAAACCUUCUCCGUGGAAAAAUACAUAUAUAUAUAUACCAAUUUUUAUAAUAAUCGGUCCAGUUUUUGAGUUCAUCGAGGACAUACAGACAAACAUUCAUUUUUAUAUAUAAAGAUUAUGUAUAUACAGAAAUAGGAAUCAAUUUGGAUUAUAUUUUCUUUAGUGAGAGUUUGGUAUCUGGUUCGAAAUUGUAUUGUAUUAAUAACAACAGUCAUGAUGUUUUCUUUUCUCGCAGUAAUGUCACAAUGGCUGUUUACAUACAACUUCAGCAUUGCUUUUGCUUUCAGUUCGCUUUGACGCAGCGCGUUAAACUCUAGUGCUUGCUACAAUGAACGCUUUUGGUAAAUUAAUUGUAGUAAAAUUUAUUAUUUACAAUAAUAACUGCAUUUGCUAAAUUUA